AAUUCAAAUCCGUCAAUCAACUCCAUGGUUGUGGAGCUUUCAUUUUCACACUCGAGAUAAUAACACAUUUAAAAGGGGCUUCUUCCAUCGAAGUGAUCAUUUUCAUGGUUUUCAAUAUAAUUAAUGGCGCAGCUUAAAGAACCAUCAGGCAUGCAGAAGCUCCAAGUCGUAAUGGAAGCGGAGCCAAUUAGGGACACAUGCAGACUCGUUUAUGUGAUCCAUUUCAUGCUUGGCGCAGGCAACUUGCUUCCAUGGAACGCCUUGAUCACUGCGGUGGAUUACUUCGGCCAGCUUUACCCGGCGAGGCACGUCGAGAGGGUCUUCUCGGUGGCUUACAUGGGAUCUUCUCUGUUCGUUCUGGUUCUGAUGUUGAGCUGGGGAGGGUGCAGAGGAAAGCAGAGGUUUAGAAUAAGGAUGAACGUGGGGUUUUGCAUGUUUGUUGCGUCUGUCAUGGUGACUCCAUUGCUGGACUGGGAGGGGAAUAUUAUUGGAUCGAAUAAUAAUAAUAUUAAUAAUGCAGUCGGCUUUGCUGCAAUAGUUGCAUCGGUUGUGGUAUGUGGUUUGGCUGAUGGAUUGAUAGGAGGAAGCUUGGUUGGAUCUGCUGGCAGGCUGCCGAAACAGUACAUGCAAGCUGUUUUUGCAGGAACAGCUUCUUCAGGGGUUCUGGUAUGCAUCCUGAGGAUUAUAACAAAGGCAUCACUUCCACAAACACCACAGGGUCUCCGAACAAGCGCCCACUUCUACUUCAUAGUCACCGCCUUCAUUUUGCUGGCCUGCAUCAUUUGCUGCAAUCUGCUCUACAAGCUCCCAACCAUGCAACACUAUUGCAAACCAAUUCUACAGGAUCAUCACAUCCCAACCAGUUCCAGCAGCAGACACUUAUUCUGGGACGUGGCCAGGAAAAUCCGGUGGCCGGCUCUAGGAAUCUUCAUGAUCUACACUGUAACUCUCUCCAUUUUCCCAGGAUUCAUAGCCGAGAAUCUCAAGUCCAAAAUUCUUCAAGAUUGGUACCCGGUUAUGCUGAUUGCAACGUACAAUGUCGCAGAUCUUGUGGGAAAGUCUCUAACUGCAACUUAUGUUGUGGAGAGUAUUGGAAAGACUACAUGGGGCUGCAUUGCCAGGCUUGUGUUCUAUCCCCUCUUCACAGUGUGCCUCCAUGGCCCCAAAUGGCUGAAAACUGAAGUACCAAUGGCGUUUCUGACAAUUUCACUUGGCUUGACCAAUGGGUAUCUGACAAGCGUUUUAAUGAUUCUGACUCCUAAAUCAGUGUCGACAGAUGAAGCCGAAGUGUCGGCGGUUGUGAUGGCAGUGUUCUUAGGGAUGGGGUUGGUUAGUGGAUCAGUACUUGGCUGGUUUUGGAUCAUUUGAAACUCAGCAUCAUUGAUCUCUUAGUUAGUGUAAUCAUUACGGGCUGCCUCAUCAAAGACAAAUCGAACUGGACCCCAUCUCUAUCUUGUCGGAUCAGGGUCAGAUUGGGCCAACCCAACCGUGAUUUGGACCUCACAGCCCUCGGCCCCUAGGAUAUUUAAAUAUUGUCUUUUUUUUUUUUUUUUGGGUUAAAACAAUGUUAUGGCUUUUGAAUUGCUUUGUUAACUGUAUUCGACUAAGG